AACGAGGCAGAGGAACCAGGGGAAAAAGAAGCAGAAACAUGUACGGUCACUUCAACAAGGGCCCGGCCUAUGGACUCAGCGCUGAGGUUAAGAACAAGUUGGCUCAGAAGUAUGAUCCUCUGAAGGAGGCGGAGCUGAGACAAUGGAUAGAUGGCCUGACAGGAAGAACUAUUGGGAACAAUUUCAUGGAUUCUUUGAAAGAUGGAAUCAUCCUCUGCGAGCUCAUCAACAAGCUCCAGCCGGGCUCUGUACGGAAGAUCAACGAGGCGACUCAGAACUGGCAUAAGCUGGAAAACAUCGGAAAUUUUAUCAAAGGCAUCAUGCAAUAUGGAGUGAAACCCCAUGAUAUAUUUGAGGCAAAUGAUCUUUUUGAGAACACCAAUUUAACUCAAGUGCAAUGUACUCUGCUGGCACUGGCUAGUGUGGCCAAGUCAAAAGGUGCCAGAGUGGAUAUUGGAGUAAAAUACGCUGAUCGCCAGGAAAGGAGAUUCAACCCGGACAAACUUAAGGAGGGAAGGAAUAUAAUCGGGCUCCAGAUGGGAACAAACAAGUUUGCCAGCCAGAAAGGGAUGACCUCUUAUGGUACUCGUAGGCACCUCUAUGACCCCAAACUGGCUAAUGAACAACCAAUGGAUCAGGCAACAAUCAGCCUGCAAAUGGGCACCAAUAAAGGAGCUUCCCAGGCUGGCAUGACAGCACCAGGUACCAAACGCCAGAUCUUUGACCAAAAGCUUGGCAUGGAACAUUGUGACUCCCAGACCGUCUCCUUGCAAAUGGGAUCAAACAAGGGCGCUUCUCAGCACGGCAUGACUGUGUAUGGAUUGCCCCGCCAAGUUUACGACUCCAAGUACUGCAACGUGCCCGAAUUCCUAAUGGAAGGAGAUGAAGACGGCCAAUACAAUAACAGCCACCAGUAUUACAACUCUGAGUAACACCCCGGCCUCUUUGUAACAAACCCCUGCCCACUCCCCUUCUGUGCCAGUGUGUGUUUGCUACUGUGGCAAAAAAAACGUGCUUGUUGGUCUGGCAAAGUGGCAAACUGCCAACUACAUAUGCCCACUACAGAUAUAGAAAGGCAUUGAUGCUACCCAUUGUGUGCCAGGCUAGGAUACUACCUUGGCAGAGAAUGGGCAAUAUUUAAUGAGUGCCAGGGUUUACUCUCCCCUGUAUCAAAGAAAAGUGCCAUAUUUCUGGCAUGCCUCUUCUGUGUCGGCACUUACCCACUCUUUUGGGCUGGUGUCCGUGUCGUUUACUCCACACGCUUAUCUGGUCAAAGGGGAACUCCACAAAAACAUAACUUAAGCUUUUUGAAAAGUAAACAUAAUUUCAAGCAACUAUGCAAUAUACAUCAAUUAAAAAUGA